AUGGCAUCGUCUACCGCCGAACAAGCGCCGGUUAAACUUCUUGCGAUAGAUGGCGGAGGGGUUCGGGGGCUUUCUGCCUUGGUUCUUCUGGAGCAGGUGAUAGAUAUAUCAAAUAAAGAGCGCGAAAAACGGAACCUUCCGCCUCAGGAGCCAUGGGAAAUGUUUGAUAUGAUUGGAGGAACUAGCACAGGAGGCCUGAUUGCGGUUAUGCUUGGACGAUUGCGAAUGUCUAUCAAAGACUGCAAGGCCGCAUACGAGAACCUCGCACAACGUGCCUUCACAGAGAAAAAUUUUAUAGGUCGAGUGAAAGGCACGGUUACCGUCGGACCUCAAUUCGAAACUCAGCCUCUAGAGGAUGCUAUCAAAUCAAUCAUUGGUGACGAAUGGGAAACAAUGCUCUUUAAUGAGGUUAACAUUGGCUGUCGAGUGCUCGAAACGAUGCAUAUCUGGCAAGCCUGCCGGGCGACAUCAGCGGCGCUAACAUACUUCAAGCCGAUCAAGGUUGAUGGCAACACAUAUUCUGAUGGUGGCCUUCUGUACAACAACCCUGUUCAACUUCUUCAUAGCGAGGCAAGUGAAGUGUUCGAGGGAAGAGAUCAACUCAUCGUCAGUGUUGGGACUGGCCUUGAGAAAAUUAUGAAAUGGCAACCGUCUCUUGCCACGGUCGCCGAGGACUUAGCCCGUCUCGCAACAGAAACGGAAAGAACUGCCGAUGAUUUCUACAGAAGAAAUGGAGCAGAGGCUGCGAAAGCUGGCAGAUAUUUUCGUUUCAAUGUACCUGGGCUUGGCGACAUAGGACUCGAGGAGUCUGGGCAGUUGCGUCACAUAAAGCGAUUGACUGAUCGCUAUAUAAAUCAAGCGGAAGUGGGUUAUAAGGUCGACUCCUGUGCUAAGCAACUCACACAAGGUGUGUGCGCUCUGCUCGAUGUUCCUACGCCCCUUCAAGAUUUACCAAACAAAGAUUCAAGAUCCCGGGCCAACGAUCUAGAGGAACGAUUGCAGAAGCUGAAGGAAUCUUAA